AUGAUGUGCCGAAGCGAUCCGUCGUUCGCCGCGCUUAAAAACGUCCUGGCCGAGCCAAGCCCUUUUGGGCCCCUGCACGGGGCAUCUGCCCCCUCGGUUGCUGUCAACCAAGCAGCAGCCCUGGCAGAGUACCAGCGCUUGCAAAUUUACGAUUAUGGAAGAUUGCGUUUCCAUCCCUUUGGGAUCCCGUACGGGCUCGCCACUGCGGGGGCAUUCCCGGAACAAUACGGGGCGUUCGCCAACCCCUUUGUUCGGUUCGAUCCCAGAGCCGCGAGGUUCGCAGCCGAAGAGCCCAAGCCCCAGCACAGCUAUAUUGGUCUCAUCGCCAUGGCGAUACUUUCAAUCCCAGAGAAGAAGAUGGUAUUGUCAGAUAUAUAUCAGUACAUACUGGACCAGUAUCCGUAUUUUCGAAACAGGGGACCAGGGUGGAGGAACAGCAUUCGUCACAACCUUUCCCUGAACGAUUGUUUCAUCAAAGCGGGGAGAAGUGCCAAUGGUAAAGGACAUUACUGGGCAAUCCAUCCUGCAAACAUAGAGGAUUUCAAGAAAGGGGAUUUCAGACGACGCAAAGCACAAAGGAAAGUGAGGAAGCACAUGGGUUUGUCUGUUCCAGACGAUGAUGACAGUCCUGCGACCACCCCUCCACCGCGACCAACGCCCCUCGAAGCGUCUUCCGCCUUAGUGGACCCACACAAACUUCUUCACCAAGUGGAUGCUCACAAGAUUCACCAGAAGAUGCUCCAGCCACACAAGUUGGAGAGACAGAAGCGACAGUUUGACAUGGAGAGCCUACUAGCACCGGAUCCACCAGCUGGAAGUUCGCCAUGUGACAGCCCUCGCAUGGGCUCUUUUACCCCUGAAGAAAGCCCCAAGGAGAGCCCGCAAGCCUACUUUCAACAGGCUUCGAACGCGCGUCGUGCUCUGCAAUGGACAGUGUCUCUGCCUCUGCAAAGCGCAAGCAUGCCUCAAAGAAUGAAUGCGUUCGGACCUUUUAUGAACACCUGUUGGUCAUCCCAAGCUUCUUCUUUGCUUGCUUAUUCUGUCAGAGGUCCAGGACCCGAAAUGAAUUCCACACCAAGCCCUCUCGUUCAUAGGUGGCAAGAAUCGAUUAACCGAGUUGAAUCUGAUUCAAAAAUUGUGGAUCAAUGA